GGAGAACAGCGUUUUAAGGAACUGGAGUGGCUCCAUUUUAGUCACGCUUCCGUAAGUGCAGCUCCUCACACAGCUGUUUGUCAGAACUUUCUGCACGCGCUUUACUCACUUUACAGAGUGAAAGAAGGAGCGUGAGAAGGAGAGAGAGAGAGAGAAGGAGAGAGAGAGAGAGAGUGAGAGAGAAGGAGGGAAAAUGGGCAGCACGGCGGCGGACGCGAAGGAGCGCGACUCCUCCAGGAAGAGCCCCAAGAAGAAGCGCGCGCUGCGGCUCCACAUGCCCGAUCUGACUUCCUACACGUCUCCUUAUUUGGACGGAGAAAAAGACAAAUCCAGUAAAGCUGGAACACCGAAGGUGGAAGAGUCCAUCUCAUCAAAUACAUCUAAAGGUUUUUCACUGAGAUCUUCACUCCCUCAGCCCUCGAGCCCCAUAUCAGCCCCGCUCCGCUCCCGGACAUCUCCCAAUUCCCCUAAAACCAUCUUCCCCUACCACCAGGACUCGCCUCCUAAAUCCCCCCACCGUCUCAGCUUCAGUGGUAUCUUCCGCUCGCCAUCUAAUCCCUCCAGCAUCAAGAUCUUCUCCAGAUCCCGGAAAGCAUCUGUCCCACUGUCUCCGCCCACCACGCCCACUCACAGCUCCAAUCCUCCGCUUUUCUCACCGGAUGAGAGACGACUGCGCUCGCUCUCGUCUCCACCUGAUACAGGACUUCAGCGCUUCAGUCUGGCUUCAGCAAGCUCCGCCUCCUCAAGCCCCAGUCCUAUCAGAUAUAGCCCCUCCCCUUUACACAUCAGGUCCGCCUCUCGUCCAGUGUACGGUUCAGUUGAAGGCAUGCUGGAGAAACUGGACCUCAGUGAUGAUGAGCCAGGCUGUGAUAUUUACACACGCUUUAUGAAGUGCCACCGUUGCUAUGACCUCAUCCCCACCAGCUCAAAGCUAGUGGUCUUCGAUACAACACUACAGGUCAAGAAAGCGUUCUUCGCUUUGGUCGCUAAUGGAGUGAGAGCUGCUCCACUGUGGGACACCAAACAGCAAAGCUUCGUGGGAAUGCUGACCAUCACAGACUUCAUCAAAAUUCUACACAGAUACUACAAGUCACCUCUCGUGCAGAUAUACGAGCUGGAGGAGCACAAGAUUGAGACGUGGCGAGAACUCUACUUGCAGGAAACGUUCAAGCCCUUGGUGAACAUUUCACCUAGCGCAAGCAUAUUCGAAGCGGUUUACUCCCUCAUCAAAAAUAAGAUCCACCGGUUGCCCGUGAUCGACCCGAUCUCAGGGAACGUCCUCUACAUCCUCACACACAAGAGGAUCCUCAAGUUCCUGCAGCUGUUUGUGUGUGAGAUGCCCAAGCCGGCCUUCAUGAAGCAAUCACUGAGCGAGCUCGGCAUCGGCACGUACGACAACAUCGCCUUCAUCCAGCCGGACACGCCCAUUAUCAAGGCGCUGAGUGUGUUUGUAGACAAGAGAGUGUCAGCGCUGCCCGUCGUCGACAACACCGGAAAAGUCGUGGAUAUUUAUUCCAAAUUUGAUGUCAUAAACCUGGCAGCGGAGAAAACAUACAACAACCUGGACAUGAGUGUGACGGAGGCGCUGAAACACCGCUCGCAGUACUUCGAGGGAGUGAUGAAGUGCAGGCGACACGAGACCCUGGAGACCAUCGUGGACAGGAUCGUUAAGGCUGAGGUGCACAGGUUGGUGGUGGUGGAUGAAAACUCCAACAUCGAGGGCAUCAUCUCUCUAUCAGACAUCCUCCAGGCUCUAGUUCUCUCUCCUGCAGGUUUAAGCAGAAAAGAGGCUAAAACGGAAACACAAGCCACAGCGAACACGUAGCGAGCGUUACGUGACUUCACUCGAGAGUCUGAGAGAGACGUGGCUUUGACACGCGGUAUGGACGGACUUUGUUGUGAUACACUGUGUAAUAUUUGUAAUAUUUGUCCUGCUGUACUGUAAACUGCUCUGUUUUAUGGGCUCAGUUGCUGCUCCGUUUCACCAUUUCUAAGGACAGAAAUGAGUUGCGCACUACAGCGAGAUCAUCUCGUAUGCUACAUGGCCGAGUCGUCAUGCUCGUCUCAGGAGGAAACCUGCCGAAAUUUAAGGUGGCAACUUUAAUGAACGUUGUUGACCUCUUAAGCUGCUUUCACACUUUUUUUUUGUACACAAACAGGCUAACUAGAUAACCUGUCGAUCUAAUCUUUGUUGCAACGCUCUCACUGUUGCGGCCUGGGUUCGAUUCCCAGCCACUAGGGUUGCAGAAGACAGUGCACUCCAGUGCCGGUCCCAAGCCCAGAUAAAAAUUGGAGAGGGUUGUGUCAGGAAGGGCAUCUGGUGUAAAAUCAAAUAUGCGGACCAAUGAUCCACCAUGGCGACCCCCAACGGGAGCAGCUGAAGAAAAAAAAAAUUCCGACAUCGUGUUCCAGACUCUGUUGUGAAAGCAGCCUUAAAAGUCAUAAAAGGAAGGCAGUGGAAGUUUUGCUUGGAGGUGGGGUUAACACAACUGCAAGCCACACAACUUAAGUGGCCAAUAAAUGUCUUUCUGAGAGUUUUGCUAAAAUCCGCUGUGCCUUUAAAGUAAAAAGACAACUGAAUGUACGAAAUCCUUUAUCUCGCUAUUAGGCAUGUGCUGAUAAUCAGAUGAUAUGAUAUACCGUGAUGAUCAACGUGCACAAUACUGUUAUAGUGGACACUUUAAAAUGUAAUCCCGUGAUUCUGUACACCAGGUGAGUUUUAUAGACAUUUGAAACAUCCCUGCUGGAAAAAAAAAUAUUACAAUCCAUUAGGAAACUCUCUAAUGGUUUCCAGUGCAUGAUAGGAAUGAGCUUAAUGGUUUCCAUCAUACUCCUCAAGAUUUCCUUUAGGGAUUUUCUGGUUGCUAUUAAACAUCCCCAGAACCCAAGCGCUGUAUUUCAUGGUCUUGAUGUGUACCACAAACCUUUAGAAACAACACAUUCCAUUAAACGACCAUUACAGGCCAUCAGAAAUACAUUAAAGCUGACUCACCAGUGGAAAUCUAUAAUGAAUUUUAUUCUUUUUUUUUUUUAGCCAAAGCUCUGAUUUGAGGUUGUUUAGGUUGAAUAAUUCAGAUGAAUAAAGUUUAUAGUAUAUAAACAUAGAUUUCUUUAAUACAGUAUUGUGAUUCCACCAUAAACUGUGAUAAAAUUUUAAGUGAUUAUUGUAAUAUGGAGGUUUCAUAAGUUUCGUGUCCACAUUUUUUGCUAUGACUAUAUAUAAAAAAAGCUUUAUUUUUUUAUACUCUGAUUGUUUUUUAUUUUCACAUUGUAUUUUUAGUUCUUCCUAAAAUUGUCCUAAUUUUUUUUUUCCCCCAAAAAAAUAGUAGAAAUAUUUUUUUAUAAAUGAAUCAAAUAAGAAAAGUAAAAAUAAAUAAUAAGAAAACAAAUAAUAAAAGUCUAUCUCACCCAAAAUCUUUUCCGUCAAAUGAAGACAUGCACAAAUCUUCAUAAACUCACUUUAAGCCACAUGGUUAAGGCUCCGUAACCCCGUUUUCUAAAUAAAACCGCAGUGAAAGGUCACAUUUACAAAUGAGCAAUAUUUACAGAAAAGAUUUCCAGUGAGAAAGACUUCUUUUCCAUCCUAGCUGUGUUAGCCUUGACUACAUCUGCAUUAAAGGGGAAAUGGUGUAGAUUUUAUUUUUUGAUAUAUUUCUUUUAAAAGGAACUCUGCUGUUUUGCGCAUGUGAAAUAGAUACAUACUGUAUGUAGAUUUAUGCAGACGUUAAGGUUUUUUAAUGAUGUCUUUGGUUUCUGGUGAAACGGUGAGAAUGAGAAACAGAAAUGUUCAUUUAUUCACAUGAACAAUGACACUAAUGUCAGAAUGUAAAUGUUAUUUUUUUUCAAUGACAUACAACUUCAAAUACACGCACACUGCCUUCAUGUUUGUGUUUUAGUGUUUGAAUUUUCUCUAAUUAAAUAAUUUUUCAUUUCA